AUGCCUUCACUCGUGAAGCUCUUUGCUUACUCCUUUGGGGCGACUGUAUUUUAUCAGUGCUAUCAUUUCGUAGGAACAGUUGUUUAUUGCGAAGGUAUCAGUAUGGAGCCAACAGUUCGAGACGGUGAUUAUAUGCUAGUUGAGAGAUUAUCUAUUUACUUCCGACGAAUUAAGAAAGGUGAUAUUAUUAUCGCAAGACAGUACUGUGAACACGAUAAUUGCAAUUUCGUGCUUAAAAGAAUUCAAGCAGUUGAAGGGGAUACAGUUAAUUAUGUCAGCCCUAAACUGCGCAAACCAGUUACUGUACAAAUCCCCAAGGACCAUGUUUGGAUAGAAGGAGAUAACAAGGAGCACUCUUUAGACUCCCGGACAUACGGGUCAAUCCCUUAUGAAGAACUUGAAUAUCGGGUUGUCCUGCGAUUAUUACCCGUGGCUUCGUUUGGAUGGGUAGACAAGGGAAAACAAUUCAAAUAA